AGAAAAUCUGAACUUGUCAAAAAUUAAAGACUUUUAAGAAUAUGACAAAAUCAUGCGCAUUUAUUCGUUGACAUGUUGACAUUGUAUGGGAAACUGCAAAACUUAGCAUCAGCCAGUAGAAGAAUAACUGUCAUCAAAAAUCAUUUUUGUUCUGGAGCGCAAGCCGUGAAUAAAAUGUCUGAUUCUGAGAAAGAUGAAACUGCUAAAGAUUAUUCAGCAGGGAUCAUUGUCAUUGGUGAUGAAAUAUUGAAAGGUCAAGUGGCUGAUACAAACACGCAUUUCAUGACCAAGCAUUUGUUUUCCUGGGGAGUGAAAGUUAAAAAGAUCUCUGUGGUACCUGAUGAUAUUGAUACAAUUGCUAAAGAAAUUGUGGAGUUUUCAUCCAAGUAUACAUAUGUUAUAACAUCCGGGGGCAUUGGACCAACUCACGAUGAUCUCACGUUUGAAAGUGUUGGAAAGGCAUUUGGCGAGCCAGUGGAGCCUAACCCCCACCUUGUUGAAUUGUGUAAGAAAUACUUUGGCACUGAUGAUCUGAAUUCUCCAAAGCUGAAAAUGGCUAAGGUGCCAAAGUCGGCAAAAUUAUUAUAUGGCGAGGAUGUAUCAACCGGAAGGAAGACAAAAUACCCUCUAGUCAAUGUUAGAAAUACUUACCUAUUCCCUGGUGUGCCUUCAAUACUUGAACAUGCUUUUCCUUUGCUCAAAGAUCAUUUUAAGAAUCCUGACAUAGAGAUACACACGAAGGAGAUCUAUAUUCAUCUAGACGAGAUAUCUAUCACCCCAGUGCUUAAUGAAGCUGACUCCUUGUUCAAGAAGCAUGUCACUCUAGGGUCGUACCCGGACUUUAUUAACAGCUAUUACAAAGUGAAGCUUACUCUAGAGUCAGAAGAUAAAGAGCAGCUAGAAUCUGCCUAUAGAUAUCUGCAGGAAAAUCUACCUGAAAGUGAGUUUCCUAUCUCUUUGUUUUACUUGCUUACACUGUAUUUAGUGAAGAUAUUUAG